AACGUCACAAAGAAAAACCACAGAUCAUAAAAGAAAAAAACAACACCAACUUUUUCCUUAAACUUCCCGAAACAAAACCUCUUUCACAAUUCCAUGUUACUUCUACUUGUCUAAUCCAACACAUUCUUUUCCUUAACACUUCCGAAACUGAACUGAAAAAUGGCGUCUUUGAAGGGUGGUGAUAGUAACAAAAGCGUUGGUAAUGACAAAUUGAUGAGAAAAGUGUUGGGUUUGGGUUAUUGGGUACAAGGAUUCAGAUGUUUUCCAUGGUUAGUAGUGAGUUUCUUUCUUAAAGAUGGUCUUAAUGUUAAUCCUUCAACUCUUCAAAUUCUUCAAAGUUCAGCAAAUCUUCCUAUGGUUGGAAAACCUCUUUAUGGUCUUGUUUCAGAUUCAGUUUAUAUUUCUGGUCAACAUCGUGUUCCUUAUAUUGCUUUUGGAGCUUUCUUGCAGGCACUAUCAUGGCUAGCGAUAGCAAUCUCUCCAUCAAGCAUAUCUAUUUUCACCAUCUCUAUAUACCUCCUCCUUAGUAAUCUAGGCGCUUCAAUAACCGAGGUAGCAAAUGACGCAAUCGUUGCCGAGAUGGGUAAACAACCUCCUUCAACCAAGAAAUCUCAACAACCAUCUUCCUCAGGUAACCUCCAAUCAUUUGUUUGGAUAGCUUCCUCUAUAGGAGGAGUUCUCGGCAACCUUCUAGGUGGCAUUUUCAUCGGCCGCCUCUCCCCACAAUCCAUGUUUUUGUUUUUCAGCCUCCUCGUUGCUCUCCAAUUCUUCAUAACCAUUUCAGUUCGUGAGAAAUCUCUCGGACUCCCAAAGAAUCCAUCAGUUGGGAUCAAGAAACAGCUUUCAGAACUAUCAGCCGCACUUCAAAAACCCGAAAUAACUUAUUCCAUCUCAUGGUUUGCAUUAUCUUAUGCCAUUAUUCCCUUACUUAACGGAACCAUGUUCUUUUACCAAACACAAUACUUAAAAAUCGAUUCAUCAAUAUUAGGCAUCUCCAAGGUUUUUGGUCAAGCAACAAUGCUUCUCUGGGGCGUUAUAUAUAACCGAUACCUAAAAUCCGUCUCUCCAAGGAAACUAAUAUCAACCAUCCAAGCAACAAUAGCAUUCUUAAUGAUAUCUGAUUUCUUAUUCGUGCGCGGUUUCUAUAGACAAAUAGGCGUACCGGACACACUCUACGUAGUGAUUUUCUCAGGAUUCUUAGAAGUUCUAUUUUUCUUCAAGUUUCUUCCAUUCACUGUGUUAUUAGCACAACUAUGUCCACAAGGUUGUGAAGGGUCAAUAAUGGCAUUUCUCAUGUCAGCUGUUGCAUUAGCAUUCAUUGUGAGUGGUUAUCUUGGUGUUGCACUUGCAUCAUAUAUUAAGAUAACAGGAAGUGAUUUUUCAGGUUUUCCAUUUGGACUUAUGAUACAAGCUGCAUGUACUUUGUUACCAAUAUUUUGGUCAUCAUGUAUACCUGAUUAUGUCAAAACAAAAGACAAGCAUAAAGAUUAAAGACUAAUUAAUGUAAUAGCUUUUAGAAAUGUUAUAGUGAUUUAAGGAAAUGGUAGUGUGUGAUGUUGAAGUGAAUUAUUCGGUUUAUUUAAUUGUUUUUUUGCAUUGGUCGGUAGGAACAAAUAAGAGUAACAUUCAAUUGGUUUAGUAUUUAUUUCAAUAUUUGAUAUUUGAUUAUAUCUUGGAUUGGUGGGUA